AUGCUAGUGUGGAGAGCAAGUCAAACUUUUAGGUUUUUUCAACCUAAAAUCCGGGCGAUUCAUGACCAAAAACCUUCCGAAGGCACAAGUCUCAAGAAGAAAGGCAAAGGUGACGAAGAGAUUUACUUCAGCAAAAUAGAAAAUGAUCAAAAAGGCUUAGUUAAUAAGCAAGAAGUUGCAGAAGAAGAACCAGAAAUUGCUAUAGAAAAUGACAAAGAAGCGAUAUCAAAAUUUCUUACAUUGCUAGAUAAGCAUAAUAUUAGACCUUCAGAGUCGCUCAUUGAAGAUAUCUUGAAUUGGAAAAAAGGAAUUUAUUAA